CAAAACUCGACAAAAUGGUGGUUGUUUUCAUGUGAAUUUUGUUGAAUACAAAAUAUGACGAGUUUAAUUGACAAAAUAGAGUUGCUAAUCAAGAGGGAAAAGACCACUCCGGAGCGAAAGAAAAAAGAAGAGGCUUCUAAAUCCUCCAGUGAAAUUCUUUCAGAGCUAUUCAGUGCCUUCAACGCCGAUCCUCCCAAAAUCGAUGAAGCUUCUCUGAAGAAAUCAAAGAAAAGCAAAAAGAAACACAAGAAGGAGAAGAAGAAACGGAGUCGGAGCAGUAGCAGCAGCAAUUCUGAUGAUAGCGACUACUCUCCCAAGCACAAGAAACGGAAAAAGAGCAAGUCUAAGAAAAAGCGCGAUAGGUCGCGGUCAAGCACACCUAGCAAAAGCAACAUACCGCCUAAAAUUAAAGCCGAUUUAGAGGCGAUAAGAAUAAAAAAUGAGUCCGGUCGCAUUAGCUCUGAUGAUUUGCGCCACGAAAUAAAGCUUAAAACAGAACCUAAAGAAGUACAACACCGGAGAGUCUCUAUUAAGACAGAAGAGCCGCACAACUACAGCGUCGACGUUUCAAACUUCGAUGCUAGUCUCAUUCCUAUGCCAGAUUCUCCUAAACACGAGGACCUACGUCAAAAGUUAGACAGUAAGAAACAAGAAGCUGAAGACAAGUCUAAGAGUAAAAUUCAAAUUAAGAAUUUGAAGUUUAGUGCAGUGUUUGAGGAGACUGUUAAGAAAGCCGAGGAAGAAGCCAGGAAGAAAGCUGAGAAGUUUGAGGAAGGUGAAUACACAGACUCUUCCAGCAGCAGUGAGAAACCAGAAGUUCCCAAUGCAGAGUUCCCCAAAUCCUCGGAUCCUGGAGGUAUACUUAAGAAGCAAGCGGCAGAAGAGUCUAAAGUGUCUGAUGAAGAUAGGACUGAUAGGAGCCACUCUAAGAAAUCCAAAGAAAUCUCCCACAAAUCUUCAAGAAGGGACAGAAGCAGAUCCAGAAGAAGGUCAAUCAGCAAGUCCCGCCGCUCCCGCUCCCGGUCCGCUUCACGCCGCCGCCGUCGCUCCCGCUCGCGUGGCCACGAGCGGUCGCGGCGCCGCUCGCGGUCGCGGUCGCGUGAGCGGGACCGACACGAGCGGGACAGGCACCGGCCGAGGCAUGUGUCGCCGAGACACAGGGGGAGGAGGUCCAGGUCGCCAACCGGGGUGAAGCUAGCAGACAGCGAGAAGAAGCGUCUUCUAGAAGUAGCGAGAAGGAACGCCAUCAAUAUGCUGAAGAACGGCGCCGUGCCCGCCGGCGCUGCCGCGUUACCGCCGCACACUAGGAACCAGGUCAUGGCCGCCAUACAAUCCGGGGGUAAAUCAGUCGACGAGCUAACUGAUUUCUGCAAGCACUUGUCAAAGAAAGAAGCCCUCGGAGAACUGUCUUCCGUCUCAUCUCACGACGAAGACAUGAGCGAGAACGAAGAUACACUCGCUUUCCAUCAUCCAUUCCUAGUCAAAGAGAAGGCUCCUAUUGUUAUGAAUAUAAGGGGUGGAGCGCCACUUCCGAUCAAGACCAAUGCACUACCCAUAGCCAACAAGGAAGAGCUGCGACUACAAUUCCCCGUGUCAUCAGGGUCGCAGCACAGGGAAAAGGCCACGGAAUGGGUACCCGUUUCACCGCCAAAGAAAGAUAUGGUGAGAUUUUUAUAUCAUAGAACUUCUUGCAAUUUACACUAA